AUGCGGGUAUCGCUUGAUCGCGCCCACAUCUCGUUCGAUGCACCAGUUGAAGAGGCCGAAACGCUUCUAGGUGCGGAAUUUCAUCUUCUCUCGUCGGGCGAGGAGGUGCAGAUCGUCUCCGAGGCGUACUCGUUGCCCGAGAGCAUUUCAAAACUCGUCGACUUUGUUAUGCCGGCACUGCAUCCCGCGUCAUUCGCGCACUUCACUCCGGAUUCCUCUCCCGUCAACCUCUCCAGUGCCAAGAUACAGGCCCGUCAAAGUGUGGCAAUCGACUGCUUCCGCUUUAUGAGCCCUCAUUGUUUGCGUCAACUCUACGGCAUUGAUGACGGCGCAGGAGUGACGCCCCACCCGAACAACUCGUUUGGUUUCUUCACACCGUCAUAUUCCACCUGGCUUCCUGAGGACAUGCGAUCAUUCUUCGCCUCUCUCGAGCCUAGACUCACGGGAGAGGAGCCCGUCGUUAUGCCUAUCAAUGGCGGGUACCGGUAUUUCGAGAAAAUCCUCUCGUUCAAUCUAGAGCCCAACUUAGACUACCAGUACGGCAUGGCCAUGGCCUAUCCGCAACCAGUCACCAACAUCCAGGUCGGAGACAUGUACCAGAUUGGGAAUCUAAAUAACAUGCUGGCGGCGUUUGAUGAAACCUACUGCACGGCUCUAGACCCCAAUUUUGACCCCAUAUUCCCGGGCCCCGGUGAGGAAACUGCUUCCGAUUGCGGCACGCGCACACCUCCACGCGUGAUUGGCAUCGCCUAUGCUUGGAACGAGGCACAGUUCUCCAACACUUACCUCGAGCGCCAGUGCCUAGAGUUUUUGAAGUUGGGCCUCCAAGGCGUCACCGUCUUGACCGGAUCCGCAGAUCGGGGCACCGCCGAUCAGCUCGGUGGGUGUGUUGACCCCGACUCGGGCAGUUGGAAUGCCACCGAGGGCCAUUUCUCGCCCGUCUUUCCCGCGUCGUGUCCCUGGGUGACAACCGUUGGGGGAACGCAGCUACUUCCGACGGGGAAUAGCACUUGGUCAGAGGGGACCCCGUUCCCUGGGGAAACCUCCAUGGAUUACGAGGGCACGCAGUCGGGCGGGGGCUUUAGCCGGCUCUUCCCCGCACCCUGGUACCAAGCGCAUCAUACCAAGGAAUAUAUCUCUAGCUCUGACACUGCCCAAGAAUUAAGCAGUAGCGGCUACUUCAACUCCCGUGGCAGGGGUUACCCAGAUGUCUCAGCCAUGGGAGUAAACUAUCUCGUCAACAUUCACGGUGCUUUCCGAGCAGUUAGGGGUACCUCGGCAUCCACCCCACUCGUGGCCUCCAUGCUUACCAAAAUCAACCAGGAACGACUAGAUAAUGGGAAAAGUACCGUUGGCUUCGUAAAUCCCGUAUUAUACGGCCUGGGCAAGAAGUUUGCUAGGGACGUAACAAAGGGUAGAAAUGGGGGAUGUGGCGUUGAGACCGCAUUCGAGGCAGCGGGUGGGUGGGAUGCCGUUACCGGGAUCGGAUCGUUGGACUACCCUAAGCUCAAGGCCCUGUAUAUGUCACUUCCAUAA